CGGCGCCGCGAGUCGGCGGCGGGGCCCGCGGCGAUGCGGCUGCAGUGCGAGGUGGAGGUGGUGAGCCGGCUGCUGCCCACCUGCGGGCUGCGGGGCCGCGGCCGCGGCACCAGGGCGCUCCUUUCGCUCGGCCGCCCGCCCGGGCGGGCGCGGGGCGGCGGCGUUUACCUCAUGGUGUGCACGGCGCGGGACCGGGUCGGUACUCGCUACAAGGUGCAGGAGAACAUCGAGCGGUUCUUCACCCGGUUCGUGGAGGAGGGCAAGGCCACCCUGCGCCUGCGGGAGCCCGCCGUGGACGUCUGCCUCAGCAAGGCAAAUGCCAGCAAUUUGAAGAGUUUCCUUUCAGCUGUGAGACUGGCUCACCAAGGGACCGACGCAGGAGCUCUCCCGCUCUCAUCUCUGGUACCAGCAAAGACCUCAGAAGUUGAAAAACCCAAGACAAAAAUGAUCAUAACUUCAAGAAGGGACUAUCCUCUCACCAAGAACUUCCCUUACUCCCUCGAACAUCUCCAAGCCUCCUACUGCAAACUGGCUCGCAUCGACAUGCGCGUGCUCUGCUUGAAGAAACUCCGGAAACUGGACCUAAGUCAUAAUCACAUCAAGCAGCUGCCAGCCACUAUUGGUGACCUGACGUGUCUUCAGGAGCUGAAUCUGCACGACAAUCACCUGGAGUCCUUCAGUGGGGCUCUGUGCAACUCCACCCUUCAGAAAUCCCUACAGUUCUUGGACCUCAGCCAAAACAAAAUCAAGGCACUUCCCAUUCAGUUUUGCCAGCUGCGAGAACUCGUUAAUUUGAAGCUGGAUGACAAUGAGUUGAUUAGGCUGCCCUUCAAGAUCGGCCAGUUGGAUCGUCUACGCUUUCUGUCAGCAGCUAGAAACAAACUUCCUUUCUUGCCCAGCGAUUUUAGGAAACUCUGUCUUGAGAACUUGGACCUCUUUGGAAAUCCUUUUGAGCAGCCUAACCUGCUUGUUCCCAACAUACAGCUGAAAAUACCUUUGACUCUGUUAGAGUGUGCUGCAAGGGCAACCCUGAAUCACAGAAUCCCUUAUGGUUGUCAUCUCCUUCCAUCUCACCUUUGUGAAGAUCUGGAAGUGGCUAAAACCUGCCAGUGCGGAAGCGCCUGUCUGAGCAGCUUCAUUCAGAUCACGGUGACCAUGAAUCUCCAUCACGUAGCUCACACUGUGGUCCUCGUGGAUAACAUGGGAGGUACGGAGGCACCCGUCAUCUGCUACUUCUGCUCUCUAGACUGCUAUUCCCAGUUCCUGGACAGGUACCUGCAGAGUAAUGGGUGACCCUUACUGGGCACAAAAGCUCUGCCUGAAGUCCUGUCCAGUGACAGAGGAGUCUGAAAUGGUUUUCUGCUUGUUGCCCACACAUACUGUCACAGGAUAGCAAACGUCAGUCUUGCAGUGAGAGACACUGUCAGCCUGAUCCGAUCGCCUGAGUAUUCUUCCACUGCUAGGAUCUCAUUGGUUGGAACAAAAAGCAAUGUGUAGCUUGAAUGAAUCUUCCUCAGAAUGUAUUUUGCUUCCUUUUUCCUGUUACUGUGAGUUCUGGUGUGUUCCCUUUGUUUUGUGGUGCCAGUGGUUUCUCCUGGCUAGGAGAAGGAAGGUGACCACCUAAUCAAAGUGCUUAGCUUACUCACACUUGAGGCUCUGAACUCUGCCAGCAGAUGAGUGUUUUAUCACUGAGCUGAGCCCUUCCCACCUUGUUCACUGUCAAGCAGCUUGGUGGGCUGCUGUGAGAAGAGAUUGUGGUGUGAGCAGUUCGAAACUGGUCAUGUCAGUCCAGGUGUUUCUUGAUAAAAAAGUUCUGUUGCAGCGUUCUGACCUCAGGCAGGGACCAGCAUUGCUGGGUUUUUUUACCAGAGCAAAUGUUUUGGGGUUUAUCUCUUUGUGAUACAAGAAAUGUCUUUUUCUAUAUAUAUGUGACCGAAACUUUUUGUUUCUUAAUUCUCAUGUUUUAAAGUUCCUUGAAUUGUUCACUGUGUCUACUCAUUAAACUUGGAAACCCUUCUGUGUACACAUGAA